AUUUUAUCGGUUUUGGUUGUCAAAGAAGCCAAUGUUAUUGGUUCUGUUAUUGGAAAUAAACCAAGUUGCAUAGAGCUGUCACUUUUCAUUUGCUCGCUUUGGGAUAUGUUGUAAAAAUGGGAAAGCAUAAAAAUAGUACCCAAAAUGCAAUUAUCCUGGAAUUUAUGGAGAAGUAUCCAGACCUAGCAAAGGGGUUCACUAAGUGUGAUAAGCCAAAAGUGGAUGCCCUAUGGCAACAAUUGUCAGAAUCACUAAAUAGUGCAGGUCCAUCACAAAACGAUGUUAACGGAUGGAAGAAGAAAUGGACUGAGUGGAAAAGCGAAGUGAAAAGAAAGAUGGCGCAAAAUAAAGCUGAAUCUAGGGCAACUGGCGGUGGACCGUACGCAAAACAUCAGUUGACAGCUAAUGAAGAGGCUAUAGUGCGUUUAUGUGGCAUUGCGCAGUCAGUAGAAGGUGUGUCCGGCAUUUCACUUGGUCUCACGGAAGAUGUUGAUGUUUCAGUUGAGGAAGAAAUGCCCUCAACAUCUUCAAAGUGCCCAUUGGUUGCAGUUGAAGAAGAAAUGCCCUCAACAUCUCCAAAGUGCCCAUUGGUUGCAGUUGAAGAAGAAAUGCUAUCAACAUCUUCAAAACGCCCAUUGAUUGCAGAUGUUGCCACAAGUGCUCCAAAAAGGUUAAGAAAAGUAAAUACCAGCGACCGUUUAAAAAAAAAUUUAGAUGACCAAAGUGAAAUCAAUUUGGAGUUAAAUGCAAAUGUUAAGGAGAUGGUAAAUCUGAAGAUUAACAAGUACGACUUUUAUUAUAAAAUAUAA